AUGAGCGCAGACAAUGACCAGCGGUCCCAGAAUGUGAUCGAGGAUGGGGACGAGGUGAGAUCGAGGACGGAGAGUGAGGAUCAGCCCAAGGCGUCAUGGUUGGGAUUUGUGGAUCUGACCGAUCAGAGGAUCAGGUUCGCCGAGGAACGGUGCAUGCUCGUUGCCAGUCGUGAUCAUCCUCUCUCGGGCCUGGGGCAUCUGGCCUCUGGCCUAGCCUGCAAGGGUAUUCGCGGGGGCAAGGGCACAGCACACAGCGGCCCAGAGGCCCAGAGGACAGUGGAGGAACGGAGUCACAAACGAUUCCGACACCGUGCGCCUCCACAUAUGUAUGCCGCUUGUUGA